AGGGGCGGGGCCGCUUCCCGGAUCUCGCGGAGGGGCGGGCCGGGGGCGGCGGCCCCGCGGGGCGCGCUCAGCCCCUGAGGUGCGGACCUGUAUAAACGCGCCCUCUCGGCUGCCGGUUGUUGCGGAGAGGCUUGCGGGGUCGGGAUGUUGGGGUCGCAUGCGGUCCAGGAGCUGAGCGCGGCGGGCCCGUGUCCCGCAGGCUUCGUGUUAGGGCUGGACGUGGGCAGCACGGUGAUCCGCUGCCACGUCUAUGACCACGCGACGCUGAUCCGCGGCUCCAGCGCGCAGAAGAUAGAAAGUCUUUAUCCUCAAGCUGGCUGGGUUGAAAUUGAUCCCGAUGUUCUCUGGCUUCAGUUUGUGACUGUAAUAAAAGAAUCUGUUAAAGCUGCUGGGAUAGAGAUGAAUCAAGUUGUUGGUCUUGGCAUUUCAACACAGAGAGGAACUUUUAUUACGUGGAACAAGAAAACGGGAAAUCAUUUUCACAACUUCAUUAGUUGGCAAGACCUAAGAGCUGUUGAACUUGUAAAAUCUUGGAAUAAUUCGCUCAGACUGAAGCUAUUACAGAAUUUCUGCCGAGUGCUGCACUUUUUUACUAGAAAUAAACGAUUUUUAACAGUCAGUUUGUUCAGUUUCACAAACCAGCAUGUUUCUUUGAGAUUGGCCUGGAUUUUACAGAACUUGGUUGAGGUACAAAAUGCAAUUGAAGAAGAUAAUUGCUGCUUUGGGACUGUUGAUACCUGGUUGUUACAUAAGCUCACAAAAGGUUCUGAAUUUGCCACGGAUUUUUCAAAUGCCAGUGCAACUGGACUAUUUGACCCUUUUAAGAUGCACUGGAGCAGGAUCCUUACUUCCCUGCUUUCAAUACCACUGUCUAUCCUGCCUCCUGUGAAGGAUACAAGCCACAAUUUUGGAUCAGUGGAUGAAGAGAUAUUUGGUGUGCCUAUACCAAUAGUGGCCUUGGUCGCCGAUCAGCAAUCAGCCAUGUUUGGAGAGUGCUGCUUCCACACAGGAGACGUGAAACUAACCAUGGGAACUGGGACAUUUUUGGAUAUUAAUACUGGAAAUAACCUUCAACAUAGUGUUGCAGGGUUUUAUCCUCUAAUUGGGUGGAAGAUUGGCCAAGAAGUUGUAUGCUUAGCUGAAAGCAAUGCAGGAGACACUGGUACCAUCAUAAAUUGGGCUCAAGAAUUAGAUCUUUUCACAGAUGCUGCUGAGACUGAAAAAAUGGCCAAAAGUUUAGAAGAUUCUGAAGGAGUCUGUUUUGUUCCAUCUUUUAGUGGAUUGCAGGCUCCACUAAAUGAUCCCUGUGCAUGUGCCUCUUUUAUGGGCUUGAAGCCUUCCACCAAUAAAUACCAUCUCGUACGAGCAAUAUUGGAGUCCAUAGCUUUCAGAAACAAACAGUUGUAUGAGCUGAUGCAGAAAGAGAUCCAUAUCCCUGUGACAAAAGUCCGGGCAGAUGGAGGAGUUUGUAGGAACAAUUUUGUUAUGCAGAUGACUUCAGACCUGAUUAAUGCUAAUAUAGAGAGACCCGUCAACAUAGACAUGUCCUGCCUUGGUGCAGCUUCUCUGGCUGGCCUUGCUGUUGGGUUUUGGGCUGACAAGGAGGAACUGAAGAAACUGAGGCAAAGUGAAGUUGUUUUCAAGCCGCAGAAGAAAUGGCAAGAAUAUGAAAUGAGCAUGGAAAACUGGGUCAAAGCAGUGAAACGUUCCAUGAAUUGGUAUAACAAGAUGUAGCACUAAGUGGAAUGACUGAAACCAUAUACAGCUGUUUGAUACGACACGCAGAUGAGACACAGCUCAGGGAUGAUAACCAAUACAACAAUGACUGAGAUUUCAGAUGAGCUUUGUAACCUGCUUUUUUGAAUACAAAACAAAACAAAAAAAUCCCUCAUUUAGAUUUUUAAAUCUAAACCUUGAUAAGACUGUAAGGCAACAGUACCUCAAAACUUUCUAUCUUCUGUUUUGUAGCAGAUUCCAAAUGCCGUUAGCCAUUUCCAACCAUAUUUUGACAGCUGCGGAUCCUUCUCCUUUUUAUACUGGGUCAAGAAUACAUAUGAACAUAAUUGUUUACUAUCUGAGUUGAUAGUUCUGGGUCAAGCACCAUUCGUAUUUUGUUCCAAAAUUAAGUGACAAAUGUUCCUUUAAUUCUUUAAAAUUAAAUGGGCUAUAUGAAGUUCCCAUAGCGAGGAAGAAAGAAUAACUGAGGAAAUGGGGGAGUUUUGAAACAUUAAUAUUUUAUAUUUAAAGUCAUAAUUGUUCAAUACUGUAUCCAGAUAAUGAGCUCAAAAUGCCCCUCUCAGAUAGGCUUAUUUGUUAAUCAGUUUUUUCCUUUAUUGGGCUUAAAGACACUGCCUUAAUUUUUCCUUGUUUAACCAAAAUCUAAGCAUUCUUUUUGUAUUGAAAAAAUAACUUUAGUGAAUUAUACUACAAAGGGUAAUGAUUCAUAAGGGACAAGAAAAUAUUUUCUUCCUCAAAUAGGAUUUAUAUUCAGAAACUUCUGGCUAAAGUGUAACUUUUUUUUUUUUUUUUUUUU